ACACCAUCUAUGAUGAAGAUGAGGUCCUCUUGGCCUUGGCCGAACAACUGGGGACCUUCACCACUUUGGUUGGGGGACCUGAGUAUGUGCACUGCCUGCUGCCACCCCUGGAAUCACUGGCCACAGUGGAAGAGACAGUGGUGCGAGACAAGGCGGUAGAAUCCUUACGGGCCAUCUCACACGAGCACUCACCGUCCGACCUAGAGGCUCACUUCGUGCCUCUAGUGAAGCGGCUGGCGGGUGGAGACUGGUUCACCUCCCGCACCUCGGCCUGCGGCCUCUUCUCAGUCUGCUACCCCCGAGUAUCCAGUGCUGUGAAGGCAGAACUUCGACAGUACUUCCGGAACCUGUGCUCAGACGACACCCCCAUGGUGCGGCGGGCCGCAGCCUCCAAGCUGGGGGAGUUUGCCAAGGUGUUGGAGCUGGACAAUGUCAAGUCUGAGAUCAUCCCCAUGUUCUCUAACCUGGCCUCUGACGAGCAGGACUCGGUGCGGCUGCUGGCAGUGGAGGCGUGCGUGAAUAUUGCCCAGCUUCUGCCCCAGGAGGACCUGGAGGCUUUAGUGAUGCCCACCCUGCGCCAGGCCGCUGAGGACAAGUCCUGGCGAGUCCGCUACAUGGUGGCGGACAAGUUCACAGAGCUCCAGAAAGCAGUAGGGCCUGAGAUAACCAAGACAGAUCUGGUGCCCGCCUUCCAGAACCUGAUGAAGGACUGUGAGGCCGAGGUGAGGGCCGCUGCCUCCCACAAGGUCAAAGAGUUCUGUGAAAAUCUCUCAGCUGACUGCCGAGAGAAUGUGAUCAUGACCCAGAUCUUGCCCUGCAUCAAGGAACUCGUGUCAGAUGCCAACCAGCAUGUCAAGUCAGCACUGGCUUCAGUCAUCAUGGGCCUCUCUCCCAUUCUGGGCAAAGACAACACCAUUGAGCACCUCUUGCCACUCUUCUUGGCUCAGCUAAAGGAUGAGUGCCCUGAGGUACGGCUGAACAUCAUCUCCAACCUGGACUGCGUGAACGAGGUGAUCGGCAUCCGGCAGCUCUCUCAGUCCCUGCUCCCCGCCAUUGUGGAGCUGGCUGAGGAUGCCAAGUGGCGGGGGGGGCUGGCCAUCAGUGAAUACAUGCCUCUGCUGGCUGGACAGCUGGGUGUGGAAUUUUUUGAUGAGAAACUCAACUCUUUGUGUAUGGCCUGGCUGGUUGAUCAUGUCUCAGCUCUCAGAGAGGCUGCCACCAGCAACCUCAAGAAGCUGGUGGAGAAGUUCGGGAAGGAGUGGGCCCAUGCCACUAUCAUCCCCAAGGUCUUAGCCAUGUCUGGAGACCCUAACUACCUGCACCGAAUGACUACACUCUUCUGCAUCAAUGUGCUGUCUGAGGUCUGUGGGCAGGAUAUCACCACCAAGCACAUGUUGCCCACGGUUCUUCGUAUGGCUGGGGACCCAGUCGCCAAUGUCCGCUUCAAUGUCGCCAAAUCCCUACAGAAGAUAGGACCCAUUCUUGACAACAGCACACUGCAGAGUGAAGUCAAGCCCAUCCUGGAGAAGCUGACCCAAGACCAGGAUGUGGAUGUCAAGUACUUUGCCCAGGAGGCUCUGACUGUUCUGUCUCUUGCCUGAUGCUGGAAGAAGAACCAUUGCCGGCCUCUGGUGUCCACUCUCCAACCCCCACCAUGUACCUCCCAUAGGGAGGUGGUGGGGGCCAUGACUGUCACUCCCUGUGCAUGGUCUGACCCCAGGCCCCUCCCCCCAGCACGGUUCCUCCUCUCUGUAGCCUGGAGAGACUUAUCUGUCCACCUCCCAAGGGGCUGGGGCAGUGCAAGUUGGGGCAGGGCAGCGGC